CUACCUUGAUUUUGGGUUCGAGACUUUACAGUGCGGCCAUCUUUAGUAGCAUUACUUAGACAUUUUGUAAGUUUUGUAAAUAUAGAGAGGCUACCAGUAGUCAAUGUAAAUGAUACAAUGCCAGUUAAAGUAGAUAUAGUUCCACCGCCUCCAGCAAAUUCUAAGCAACCUGGUGUCACACGGUCCUUAUUGUAUAAUGGUUCAAAGUUUCAGGGUCACCAAAAGUCUAAAGGAAAUAGCUAUGAAGUUGAAGUAGUUUUGCAGCACGUGGACGAAGAAAAUUCGUAUCUUUGCGGUUAUCUCAAGAUAAAAGGGCUGACAGAAGAAUUCCCAACCCUUACCACGUUUUUUGACGGUGAAAUUAUUAGUAAAAAGUAUCCAUUUUUAACAAGAAAAUGGGAUGCAGAUGAAGAUGUAGAUAAAAAACAUUGGAGUAAAUUUGGAUCGUUCUACCAGUAUGCAAAAACAUUCAAUUCCGACAGUUUUGACUACGAAGGCCUGAAAACAACAGACUACGUCUUUAUGAGGUGGAAAGAGCACUUUCUUGUUCCUGACCACACAAUCAAGGAUAUUAAUGGAGCAUCAUUUGCAGGAUUUUACUACAUCUGUUUUCAGAAAUCUGCAGCUACGAUAGAAGGCUACUAUUACCAUAGGAGUUCGGAAUGGUACGACUGUAAACUAUGUGAUAAGCUGUACCAACCCCAGCUCUGGUAUCAGUCAUUGACGCUGAGUCAUGUUCCAGAACACAGCAUACAGAUCUACGAGUUCAGAUGAAAGUAGAGCAAGAGAAUUGAUUUAUUCGUGCCGAGAUACGCGACACCUGUUACAAAACUGGACUUAAUUUUGUACUACGAGGUGCAGAAGCAACUAACUGUAAUUUGGUCAGUGAUAUUUAAGCAAACAGAAUAGAAUGGAAUGAUACAUUGUUUUGCUAAUCCCUUACUGGAUAAAUACAUUCAUUCGCUACAGAGCAUGAGUGUGUUUUGUAAAUUUCAUGUUUGGAGAGUGACGAGCUGUUGUUGAUCUUGAUUUUAAUUAACAUUUUUAAGUUUAGUUCGUUUCUUUCACAUCUUGAUGUCAAGAAGUAAGAGUUAAUUGUUGCAUAUUACUGAAUUAAAUGUACAGUAACAGCAUGGUUCACAGUGCCCUGUCUUAUCUGUGUUUAUAUAACCACAUUAUAAAUACUAUUCCAGAAAUGUAUGCAAUCUGUAGCAUAAUACUCAAGAAGGUGCAAGUAUUUUAAAUUAUGUGUGUAAAUAGACUAGAAUUUAGGUUGAUUCAGUGUCGAACACAUACUGAAAUAAAAACUGGGAACAUUUUGAAACAUUUGUCUAGCAUGUAA